CAGCGUUCGGGAAUGUGUGCUGCGGUUCUCAGUAGCCAUUUUGAGAUGAUAUCGCUGUUGAGAAAUCCCGUGAAGAUGCUGAAAUCAACGAACAUGGUUACAACACAGAUUGUUUCUCUCUCCGUUUGCUCUCUUCUUUCACCAUGGCGGCUGUCAACCGACGGGACAAUAGCAAAGCGGGGUAUCGAGCUGUGCUCACAGAGUUAAAACGUCAUUGGUAUGAAAGAGGAGAGUGUCUGUACACUGUCUCUGUCGAGACAUGAAACACCAGAAGUGAAGCAGAUUUGAUUUCCAAUGGCCUCUGUGAGCCUCGUUUCCAGUCCCCCAGUCCCCGUUUUUGACAAAAAUAUGACAGACUCUGAGCUGGCAGGGGACGAAAGAGAGGAUGGGGAGUUGGAAGAUGGAGAAAUUGACGAUGAGGGAAUAGGGAUAGAGGAAGAAAACAAGGAGGCUCCAGAGGUGUUUGAAAACGAAGAAAAGCAAAAGGAGAAGGAACGGGACAAAGAAAAGGAAAAGUCACACCGGCACUCAAGGAAACGCUACAAAAAGACCAAGGAGAAGAGAAGGUCGAAAAGGAGGAGACGGGACAGACAAAAACAUCACUCUUCUUCAAGUAGCUCCAGUUCUGACAGCUAUGACUCAGAUUAUGACCGUCCAGGGAGACCCAAAAACAGGCCCAGUCAUGGAUCUGGACGCGAUUGUGACGUUCAGAAUGUUCAGCAUGGAAGAGACCAGAAAGGGUCGCGCGGUAGCUUGCAGAAGUCACCGCCUCACAAAAACUCAAAUUUCGACAAAUAUAGUGAUUACAGCGAUGACAACUACGACUACGAAGAUGAGGAGGAUCCCUAUGAUGGGGAAUCCGAGUACAUGCAGUCUAAAGAUUCAACAUCUGGCCCGGGAAAAGGCCGCUAUCCGAAGGAGCAGAUGGGGAGGAGGGGGAACAUGAGGGGCCUGAAACAAUUUGGGCAAAGAGGAAGAGGCAGAGGAAUUGGAUCUGGCAGAGGACGAGGGUCGCUUAACAAAAAGAUUAAGGGGGGGAAACCCUGGAUGGGACGUGGGGGACGUGGCAGAGGGGUUGACCAGGACAUGGAAGACAUAGCUCCUGAAGUCAAAAAUUCUGGUUUUCAGAAGAAGAGACUCGUUAUGAGCAAAGAAUUCAUCAGUCAACACACGGUGGAACACAAUGGAAGAUACAUUUGCAAGUAUUUCCUGGAGGGUCGCUGCAUCAAGGGAGAGCAGUGUAAAUUUGAACAUGAACUGGUCAUCCCGGAUAAGAAGAAAGAACUUUGUAAAUUCUAUCUCCAGGGAUAUUGCAGCAAAGGAGACCAUUGCAUUUACAUGCACAGUGAAUAUCCUUGCAAGUUCUUUCAUACUGGAGCCAAGUGCUAUCAAGGGGAGAACUGCAAAUUUUCCCAUGAUGAUCUCACUGAUGUGACAAAAGAGUUGCUCAAUAAGAUCAUUAAUACUGAGGAGGAGAACGCCCGUGAGGAUGAGUUGGAGCUGGAGGACUUGAGAAAACAAGGCAUCGCCCCACUUCCAAAGCCGCCUCCAGGUGUGGGCCUGCUCCCCACGCCGGGUCACAGCAGCCCAACAGAUGAUUCUUCUCAGGCAGGGAAGAUUCCUUCCAUCUUUGAAAUAAGUGUUCAACCGACUGUUGACCUAGCUCAUAAGAUUGGUUUAAAUGAGUCCAACUGCCCCGAUCCCAAUGAAGACACUGACCAGUUUAGUGGAAGACCGGAGGAAACACAGAGUGGAGCUUUGGUGUCUCCAGGCUCUGAUACUACCACAAUCCCUUCCUUGGGGCCACCAGGCACCGUUGGCUACCCAACUGGACCACCCAUGAGUGCCCAGAGUCCUCCUGGACAGCAGAUGCCACAUGGAUACCCAAUGCAGCAGCCAAUCCCAUCUGGUCAGACACCAGUGUUUCAUGGAAAUACCAACUGUCAGAGGCCUCCAUUCCCUGCAGUACCUGAACUUCAGAUGUUGCAGAGCCUCUUCCCUUUUCCACCAGUGGCCCAGAACCCACUAGAGCUUCUCAACAACUUGCUGCAAAAACAGUCUGUGAGCCAUCAAGUGGAACCCGGAAUAAACCAGAUCCAGAACCUCCAGCAGCAGAUUCCAGAUGUCCAGUUACAGUCUUUACCUUCAGCAGUGCAGAAAGCCAUUAUUCUACACCUGACCCAGCAACAGGCAGCGUCAAAGCCAUGUGAGAGCAAUCCGCAGGGAGCAGAGAGUCAAGAUGAUAGGAAUACAAACAGAGACGAAAUAACAAACUGGUACUCCAGUGACGAAGAGGGCGGGAGCAGUGUCACGUCAAUCCUAAAAUCUCUCAAGAGGCAGACUGAGAUGCAGCAGUCCAAGACCACAACACCAGUCACUACAGCACCUCUGGGUGACCCUCGACUUGUCAAGGAGCGAACUCAACCAAGUGACCCACGUGUGAAGGCAGAUCCCCGGCAGAGACCUCCAGAUAUGAAAAAGGAGUCUGAUGCAGGUAUGGAUCCACGACUAUCCAGGGACCCUAGGAAACCGAGACAUGUCGAGUCGAGUUCCUACCGCCAGCAAAACCAGUCAACUGGCCAAAAAAAGCUCACUGGAGAUGAGGAUGAGGAAGGGGAGAGGGAACUCCGUGACAGAGCAGUCCUUAUCCCAUUGGAGGCCAGUCCGGGUGUGAUGCUGCGAGACCCCCGCUGCCAACUGAAGCAGUUUAGCCAUAUUCGCGUGGAUAUUUUGCUUCAACGCCCGGCUUUCGCUUUAACAGUAGUUUGGGCCCCUGAAGACUUAAUCCCAUCUCCGAUACCAAAACAGGAGCACUCCAUCAAUUUACCACUGCCACCUCUGAUCGCUGACGCUCAGAUGAACAGAACAAGUGUUUCGGACCACUCCCUUCCGACAAGCCCUACGCUGACUGACCCCAGAUUGGCGGCGGCUCGUUUAAAGGAACGUUUUGCUCGUUUGCCUUCUGGAUCCUCAAUGGAUAGACCUGUAGAUCCACGUCAGAUAAAGAAUUUAGACCCCAGACUCAAACGUACAGGAAGUCUGGAUUCCAAGCUGCCGGGUCAGAAGGAAGCCCCUGCAGAGGAAGUUUUGGAACCUGAGUUGCAAAAGACCAACAUUAGCUCCUCUCUUUCUGAGAGACUGCCGCCCUAUGCGCCACGGUUAGCUUCCUCAGGGGGAGUCCUGGAAAGUCCCACGAGAAUCCUAGGAGGGAUCAGUCUGUAUGACCCCCGCAAUCAGACUGAGCCAUUUCAAAAGGAUCAAGUAGACCCUCCUAGAAGAGCGGGUAUUCUCAAACAUCCAGUGAAGAAAGACACUCCUCCAACACAACCUGCCUCCCCGAGUCAUGUCUCGCAGGAUGAGACAAAAAACACGGAAGCUGCCUCUAAUCACAAUCAGACCGUGCGUGACUCCUCACCUCCACCCCACCAAGACUGCAUCAGCACCCCUCACGCAGUACAUAAUUUGCCGGUUCAAGCGGUGGCAGGCCUGAUCAGACCUCAGUAUGCUGAGGGCAGGCAGGCCAAACUGGUAGGACCAGGUUCAGCAGAGGUUGCCGAGGAACAGAAGGAGCAAAAAGAAGUUCUGGUUGAUGAACCCAAGCAGAUGAGGGAGGAAGAGCUGGAAGACAGGACUCUCAAAGAGGUCUUCAAAACCUUUGACCCCACAGCGUCUCCUUUCUCCCAGUAAAGCAUUGAAUUUUUAUAUGAAAUACACAUGUCAAUUGUUAUUUAGCUAUGACUCUAUUUAUGUACUUUCACUUUAUACAUACUGUAUGUGGGUGGUUUAGGAGUGAGCAUGUUAAUGAUAUUUAGUAAUUUAGCUAGGUUAUUGAUUUGUCAAAAAGUUAAUGAAAGUUACAAAUGUAACUACGGUUCUAUGACUCCUGUAUGACCACCAGCUCUGUGGUUGUCAGCAGGGAUGUAAUAGAACUAGCUGUAAUAGACAAAACUCAGAUUCUUGUCUUUAGUGCAUUUACCUACAAUAUAUUUCAACCUGCAAUGUGAGAUGGUCCUUUUACUACAUUCAGUGUCUCAAUUUAAAUGUACGCACAAUUGAUAGUUCUGUUAAUAUAGUCUACAUGCCUUCAGUUUGUAACGCCCAUUAGCAUUUCACAAAAUACACAUUUUCUAGUGACAAGCUUCUAAGUAACUCAAUAUGAUAGGAUAAUCAUCCUUUCUAAAAAAAAAAAAAAAUGGAGUAUCUUUCCGUCGUUCAAAUUAAUAUACAGGUAGUCCUCAAGAUACGAACGAGUUCCGUUUCUAUGCUGGCGACGUAACAAAUUUCUGAAUAAAUUGGAAUUAACCAUUUAAGUACACCUAAACCUCAAAAUAACUAUCCAAAAAGUCCAAGGUAUUGUAUUUUUGUUUAAUGAUGGAGAAUACACUGUCCUCUGGUAGCAGCGGUGUGUCUGGCUGGACUGUCGCCUUGUAUGACUAAGAAGCAGACUCAGGCGUCUGACAUGGAUAAAGGAUAGCUGCAUUCUGGUUUGGCCCACAUAAAGCUGUAAGUUGUUUCAGCUAAUAUAUGUUUGUGUAUGUAUUUGUAAUUAAGUUUACAGCUACAUUCUGUGAAGUUGUGUGUGAGCAAUUUGCUAUAAGAAUUGUAAAUACGUUAGCAUUCGUAGCAUUUAAGCUAGUAGACUUUUGUUAGGCAAAUAAGGCUAAUUUAAUCUACUAAAUAUACAUAUUGAUCAGACUAUAUGGACGUUUGAACACCAAUUAUUUUGUGUCAAAUGUUGUUAAAAUGCAUGUCGUUCUGAACAUAGGUUUACAUGUGUUUUACAGCUUUACAAAUUGUCAAAAGUGAAGUAAAAAGCAUAAUUGCCUUGUUUGCUGUCUGUAAAGCUGAACAACUUCCCGUUUGGUGAGGACAGAACACGUAAUUAAUAAAGUAAAAAAUAAGAUACUGUGAGGUACAAUAAAGUACUGUUUUUGUGACUUACAAAAAAAAAAAAAAACGAAGGGAGACGAAAUUGCGGUCAAGCCUCUGGUGUCGUAAAGUCGAAAGCGCGUAUGUCGAGUAUGUCGUAACCUGGGGACUACCUGUCUAAUUGUGAAAAUAGCUUUCAGCUGCCAAAAAAAACAAAUGUCAAAAGAGAUUUAAAUAUUUAUUAAAUGGGAAACGAUUCAAUUUUUAACAAGCAAAUAAGGUUCUUUAAUGUGCAUUGAUCAGAUUUCAGCGUUCCUUUUUUUUUUUAACUGAACUACUAAAUUUAUUGAGAUGCACUUGAAUUAACACUUGUUUUAAAUGUUUUUAUACCAAACGUUUUGCCUCAAAAUGAGUUUGUAUUUGAAAUUAAAGCCAUAUUGGAUUUUUUUUUUUUUUUUUUUUUUUUUGUAUUUUCACAUUUUAAAUAACAUUUUCAUAGUUUAGUAGAAGUAUUGGUGAAUGUCCUUUGUUCUCAUCAGCUUUUGAACGCGGUGUAUUGUACAUAUCUUAACAUGAAUUAAAUAUCUGCACCACAACCUGAUGUAAAACAGUACUGAGUUGGAAUGUACAGUAUUUUACUUCAGCUGUGUGACAGACGGUUAUGUGAACCACUACUUUAAUUGCAACAUUAAAUAUUAUCGGUCAAUAUUUGUGAUUCUCUUUCAGUUAUCAUGUGGUUUACAGUAUAUACACUGCUCAAAAAAUAACGGAAACACUAACACAUUUGUAGAUAUGAAUGAAUGAUAUAUUUUUAUGAAAUACCGUAUUGGCCCGAAUAUAAGACGGUGUUUUUUGCAUUGAAAUAAGACUGAAAAUGAGGGGGUAGUCUUAUAUUCGCGGUCUAGACAUUAUACCCAUUCACGACGCUAGAUAGCGCCAGAUAUCAUUGAAGCCAUGUUCUGUCAUGACAGAUCUCAGCUUCUCUCAAGUUUAACCAGUUUGCAAUUUUUUAUUGCAAUGUUUUUCGUUAUUCAGAUUUGUUUCAAGACUGCAGUUAGAUUUCACUUUGAUGGUUAAUGCAGUUAUUGCAAUUUUGUUGUUUUAUCACAAUAGAUUGGCUUCUGGUUUUUGAAAUGUAAAUAAACCAUUCAUUUACGAAUGUGAUUGCACUUUAGUUUACAUAUUUAAAUCUUCAGAUAUUAAAAUUUGAAUGAGGCAAAAUAACAAGCUUUUUCUCUCAAAUAUAUUGUUAUAAUCAAUUGUUUCGGAUGUACUGUAAUUAUUUUCUCUAUAAAAAUUAAUUUGGUGUUCAAAAAGUCUUUUUUUCAAGCUUGUGUCUUGAAAAAGAGGGGGUCAUCUUAUAAUCAGGGCCGUCUUAUAUCCGGGCCAAUACUGUACUUCGUUCUUUUCAAAGUUGAAUGUGCUGACAACAAAAUCACACAAAAAUUAUCAAUGUAGAUCAAAUGUAUCAACCCAUGGAGGUCUGGAUUUGAAGGUGGACUCGAAAGUGGAAAAACACACUACAGGCUGAUGUAACUUUGAUGUUAUGUCCUUUAAACAAUUAAAAACGAGGCUCAGUAUUGUCUGUGGCCUCCCUACAACGCCUGGGCAUGCUCCUGAUGAGGUGGCUGAUGUUCUCCGGAGGGAUUUCCUCACAGAUCUGAACCAGGGCAUCACUUAGCUCCUGGACAGUCUGAGGAGCAACCUGGCUCUGCCAGAUGCACCUACACAUAAUGUCCCAAAGGUGUUCUAUUGGAUUUAGGUAAGGCGUGGGGCCAGUCAAUGUUAUCAAUUACUUCUACCUUCAGAAACUGCUUGCAACUACAGCCACAUGAGGUUGAGCAUUGUCAUGGACCAGGAGGAACCCAGGUCACACUGCACAAGCGUAGCUUAUGACAAUAGGUCCAAGGAUUUCAUCCCGAUACCUAAUACCAGUCAGGGUGUCAUUAUCUAAUCUGUAGAAGUCUGUGUGUUCUUCCGGGGAUAUGCCUCCCCUGACCAUCACUGACGGACUACCACACCAGUCAUGCUGAAUGAUGUUGCACCCAGCACAACGUUCUCCACGGCAUCUCCGGACCCUUUCACGUCUUUUACAUGUGCUCAGGUUGAACCUGCUUUCAACGGUGAAGAGCACAGAGCCAGUGGCAUAGUUGCAUAUUCUGGUGGUUAGUGGCAAAUGGUAAUCGAUCUCUACGGUGAUUGGCAGUUAGCAUGGGGCUCACUACAGGAUCUCAGGCCCUCAGACCAUCCACAUCGAGUCCGUUUCUGAUUGUUUGGUCACAACAAACAUUCACACCAGUAACCUGCUGGAGGUCAUUUUGUUGGGCUCUGGCAGUGUGCAUCCUGUUCCUCCUUGAACAAAAGAAUGUAUACCAAUCCUGGUGAGGGUUUAAGGACCUUCUAUGCCCCUGUCCAGCCCUCCUGGAGUAACUACCUGUCUCCUGGAAUCUCCUACAGGCCCCCAGUUUGCUCCUCAGAAUGUCCAGGAGCUCAGUGA